CAAUGAGACGGAGUAUCCCUCAGGCCAACAGAAAACGAGGGUCUAUAUCCCAAUACUGCGAUGGAAGAGGAGAUGGUAAGAGUCGAAGAGUGGAGGCAGAGCGCUCUAUGCUGCCACCAGAACUCUUCACAUUGCCAAAAACUAUAACCAGAGAUCCCAAGAGAAAUCAUGAAAAGGAAACCAACAACGAAAAAAGCCCAAGAAAAGGCUGCUUUAGCCAAAGCAAAAGAAGCAGAGGCAAAAUUGAGAUCAUACACAGCACUGAGGAAAGAGAGGGAAGAGUUCCGCAAACGACUUGUGCAGCUGAUAGUGAAAAAAGAGAAGGAAGAGACUGGCACAAACUUGUUUCCCACAGCUGAUGAGAUGGAACUACUGAGAUAUUACUACUACAUCCACCACGGCAUUGACACCAUUCACAUUGCGCCUAUUGAAAGAUCUUGGCUGGAUCAUGUGUUUGAACUGGUUCCGGAGAAGUUACGCAAGCAAACAAGAAGCCUUGAGAAGUUGACAGCUGAAAUGCAGGAAGAUUUCAUGAUGGGUGUCAAAAAAGCAACAGUGGACUUUGUGCUGAGGGACCCUAACGAUACAGGGAUUCAACCGUUUGACAUUAGGACUCCACUUCGUGCUGAACUCCCCAUGCUGACCAAACUGUGGAGGACGGCCUAUGACGUGUCUCGUAAGAAAAUUCUGCGUAACCUCCACACCGUUAAUCCCCUACUGGCUCAAAUACUGGACCUGUGGCAUAAACACUUCAGCACUUUGAGGCUUGUGGAUGUUAAGAGUUUGGCAACAUCAGACGCAGCUCUUGAAUUGAUCCCAUUUGGAAAACAAGCAACUGCUCACAUAGAAUAUGCCAAGAAACACCUUGUUUCUGAAUGGUUGCCAUCCAUACAGGCAAUCUUUGUCCAGGGUAGUAAAAAGAAACAAAUUCCUCCUGACCAUCUGAAGCGAAGGUUGAAACGUUUUUACGAUUGUGUGGCAGCAAUUAUGACCUUCCAGCUGCAAUCUCUGUGUCUCAACUCUAUCCUGGACUAUACUCACUUCAUACUGGACAUUGGGAUGUCUAAUCCAGGGUUUGGAAUCAGCAUUCUCCAGCGAAACAAGAUCAUCCAGUUUGAGCCAUCCUUCACCAAGUUCCGAGAAGUGAUUCUGCGAGUAUAUGAUGAAAUGAUCGAAGCAGUGAGCAACUUGCCUCGGCUGGAAACAAAGUUGUACAUCGACCUAGAAGACACUCCUCACGAGCUCAGACCUGUAAUAUUGGACGAAAUUGUGAACAAAUGUCGUUUGGAAGUGGAAGAAACUCUACACGAGCAGAGAAUUGGGCCGGAACUUCGUGUUCAAGACUUUGAUGAUUAUAUUCACCUCAUCAAUGGUGAUGCACAAGAGGCUGUGGACAAAUUCUUGGCACAAGACCACACAUUUGAAGAGUACAAAGAAAAGGUGGCUUUGUACGACGGCCUAAUAAAAGAAAUACCGGUCGAGCUAGCACAUGUCGUUACCAUGGGACUGUUUGAGAUGCAUCGAGAGGAGCUGAUUGGCACCAUGGUGACACAAGCGCGCAACCUGCGUGACCAGCUCAUUGCUCGGCUCACCCGUGACUACCAGAACCUCUGCAAACAGUUGGGAGAAGACUACCAGAUGAUCGCAGACAAGGCUCUUGCCCUGCCAGGGAACACAGCAGAGCUGAUGCAGCUGAUAGACUAUGUGCGGGUUGUGGAGUUUCAGACCGUAUUUGAGAUGGAAGAUCGCCUCAAGGAAGUAAUGGGCUAUAUCAUAUUCCUAUCUGACUACACCACCAUAACAGCCAUUGAGAUGAAGCAGAACUCACUCACCUUCCAGUGGUACAACAAGAUGGCUGGGGUUCUGGAGGAAAACCGAAGGAUUGUUGAGCAGAAGACACUGGAGUAUCAACAAUCACUAAAGGAAAGAAUAGAAAAGUUUAAGGAUGACUUGGACCAGUACAUGAGACAAGUUGAAGAGCUGCAAACUUACGGUGAUGUCAAUGAGCUCCAACGGUACCAGAAGAAAGCUCACAUGUUGGACGGCAAACUGGACCAGGCAAUGGCAAGAAUAGACCAGUUCAAUGAAGAAGAAAAAGCAUACAAAUGGGAAGAAAGCUUUUUCCCCAUGAGGAAGCAGAUAGCAGAUAAACUAGCACCAUACAAGAGGCUCUACGACAAUGCUGUUGAAUUUAUGGAGAAGUUUACUCUUUGGACUACAAGUAGAGUUGGAUCGUAUGAUCCAGAGGAAAUUGACCAAGAAACUCAGACAUUCUUUCGCAAUAUUUACAAGCUAGAAAAACAAUUUUCUGAUUUACCUGCACCAGGAGCUCUUGCUAGCACGGUCCGUGCUCAAGUUGAAGAGUUUAAGGGCCAUAUGCCAAUAAUCAUGACUCUAGGGAACCCUGGGAUGAAGGAACGGCACUGGGAAAAGAUCUCGGAAAUUGUUGGAUUCCCAUUGAGGGCUGAUGCAGAACUUACUCUGGCCAAAAUCAUUGAUCUGGGUCUAGAGGAGUACAUUCCAAGAUUUGAGGUCAUCAGUGAUUCUGCCACUAAGGAAAACAACCUGGAAAAGAGUUUGAACAAAAUGAUAAAUGAAUGGAAAGAUAUUGAGUUUUCUGUUCUUCCUUACAGAGACAGUGGAACAUACAUAUUGUCCAGUGUUGAUGACAUUCAAGUUCUUCUAGAUGAUCACAUUGUCAAAACACAAACCAUGAAGAGCUCUCUUUACAUUAAACCAUUUGAGGAAAUAAUUUUUGGGUGGGAAGCAAAACUUACCCUGCUCCAAGAAAUCUUGGAUGAAUGGUUGAAAGUGCAAAUAACCUGGAUGUACUUGGAGCCAAUAUUUUCAUCACCGGACAUCCAGCAGCAAAUGCCUGAGGAAGGACGAAGAUUUAGUGCUGUCGAUAAGGUAUGGAGAGAUGUAAUGAAGACUGUGGUCGCAGACACCAAAGUGAUGUCAGUUGUUGAAAUAGAUAAAAUGUUAGAAAGACUCAAGAAAUGUAACAACUUACUGGAAAUGAUCCAGAGAGGUCUAAAUGAUUACUUGGAAAAGAAGAGACUAUACUUUCCAAGAUUCUUUUUCCUAUCCAAUGAUGAAAUGCUGGAGAUUCUGUCUGAAACCAAAGAUCCAACCAGAGUUCAACCCUAUCUCAAGAAGUGUUUUGAGGGAAUCGCUAAACUUAAGUUCACUGAGGAACUAGACAUCACAAAAAUGAUUUCUUCUGAUGAAGAAGAAGUUACCCUUGUCGAUGUGAUAUCUACAGCUGCAGCCAGGGGUCAAGUUGAGAAGUGGCUUUUGUUACUUGAAAAAGACAUGAAAAUCAGUGUUCAUAAGGAAAUAAACAUGUCCAUGAUCUCAUAUGCUGAGACCCCGAGACACGUGUGGGCGCAGAGCUGGCCCUGGCAGGUGGUGCUAACGGUCUCCUGUACCUACUGGACCAGUGAUGUGCACAAGGCGAUACAGGAUUCUCCACGGGGCCUCACUGAUUACUAUAAUCUCUGUAACACUCAACUUACCCGGAUUGUAGAGCUGGUCAGGGGCAAACUGUCAAAACAAACUCGCCUGACUUUGGUUGCUCUGAUUGUGAUUGAUGUUCACUGUCGGGACGUAGUUUCCUUCCUUUGUGACAAACAAGUUAGUAAUGAUGAUGAUUUCCAAUGGCUUUCACAACUCCGUUAUUAUUGGGAGGAAAAUGUAAUGGUGACAAGAAUGAUUAACUCGUCUCUGAUCUAUGGCUAUGAGUACCUUGGCAAUGGUACAAGGUUGGUCAAUACUCCCUUGACUGAUCGUUGCUACAGAACUCUUUUUGGAGCUCUGCACCUACAUUUGGGUGGGGCUCCUGAGGGCCCAGCAGGGACUGGUAAAACCGAAACCACUAAAGAUCUGGCCAAAGCAAUCGCUAAACAAUGUGUGGUAUUCAACUGUUCAGACACCAUGGACUAUUUGAGUCUUGGUAAAUUCUUUAAGGGUCUCGCUUCUUGUGGAGCAUGGGCCUGUUUUGACGAAUUCAACAGAAUCGAUCUGGAAGUGUUAUCUGUGGUGGCUCAACAAAUUUUGACCAUCCAGAGGGCAAUUAACGCAGGUACUCCUAGAUUUGUAUUCGAGGGGACAGAGUUAAAUUUGGACCCAACUUGCUCUGUAUUCAUCACCAUGAAUCCUGGCUACGCUGGCAGAUCAGAACUACCAGACAACUUGAAGGCACUAUUCCGUUCAGUGGCCAUGAUGGUUCCUGACUAUGCUCUCAUUUCUGAGGUGUCACUUUAUGCUGCUGGGUUUGUCAGUGCUCGUCCCUUAGCUGUGAAGAUCGUUGCUACCUACAAGCUUUGUUCAGAACAAUUGUCCUCCCAGCAGCACUACGAUUAUGGUAUGAGAGCUGUGAAAACAGUGCUCAAUGCAGCAGAAAACCUUAAACUAAGAUAUCCAGAUGAAAAUGAAGAUAUAGUAGUUCUUCGGUCAAUCACUGACGUCAAUUUGCCAAAAUUCCUAAAUCAUGACAUACCACUGUUCCAGGGCAUUACUUCAGACUUGUUUCCUGGAGUGGUGUUGCCUGAACCAGACUAUAGAGCCCUCAAUGUGUCCUGCGUGGAGGCUUGUCAGGCUGCCAAUCUCCAGCUCACAGAUUACUUUCUACAGAAGAUACAACAGAUAUACGAGAUGAUGAUAGUCAGGUGGGGCUUCAUGAUUGUGGGUAUGCCGUUUGGUGGCAAGACUGCAGCCUAUCGUACACUAGCUGAUGCAUUGGCCAUCAUCGAGGAAAAGGGAUUGAUGGAUGAGCACAAGGUGCAGAUCACAGUUAUCAACCCCAAGUCGAUUACGAUGGGUCAGUUAUAUGGUCAGUUUGAUUUGGUCUCUCACGAGUGGUCAGAUGGUAUCCUGGCAGUGAGCUACCGAGCAUUUGCUAUGUCAACCAAUCUUGACAGAAAGUGGCUGGUGUUUGACGGCCCUGUGGAUGCCAUCUGGAUAGAGAACAUGAACACAGUGCUCGAUGACAACAAGAAGUUGUGUCUCAUGUCUGGAGAGAUCAUUAAUCUGGCUCCCACAACAAAUCUGAUAUUCGAACCUUUGGAUUUGGAAGCUGCAUCUCCAGCAACGGUGUCCCGUUGUGGCAUGAUAUACAUGGAGCCUGCCACCUUGGGCUGGGAAUGUCUUAUACAGUCCUGGCUCAACACUCUGCCUCCCUGUCUUCACACACAGAACAAACAAGUCAUCAGCCACCUCUUCAGCCGGUUCUGCCCAGUACUGAUCUACUACUUGAGAAGGAGCAAUGCUGUGGAAAUAUUUCCAUCAUCAGAUUCCAACCUCAUCAGAUCACUGACAAACUUGUACGAUUGUUUUAUGGAUGACUUUUAUGAUGAAGAUUUUAUAAAGAAUAUAUCAGAUUUGGAUACGAGAGCUCAGUUAGAAGGUGUGUUCUUUUUCUCUUGCAUCUGGUCGAUUGGUGCCUGUCUAAACAGCCCAAGCAGAGAGAAUUUCAGUGCUCUCUUUUACGGGCUUUUGCAAAAGGAAUUUCCACCUCAAUUGAAGGAUGAUUUUGGCAUUCCCGACCAAUUAAUAAUACCACCUUUGAAGCCCUACAUUUACACUAUACCUGAGCAGGCAACAGUAUUCGACUACCGAUUUAUCAAAGAAGGCAAAGGAAAGUGGAAGCUGUGGUCUGAGGAGUUGACCACUGCUCCUCCCAUCCCCAGAGACAUUCCUGUCAACCAGAUCAUAGUCCCUACAGUGGAGACUGUGAGGAACAUAGCUCUUUUACAGUUACUCGUCUUGCAUCAGAAACCUGUCAUGUUUGUGGGCCCAACUGGGACUGGCAAAUCUUCAUAUACUCAGGAUUUCUUACUGAAGAAAGUUGACAACAAUGUAUAUAAACCCAUGUUCAUAAACUUUUCUGCUCAGACAUCAGCCAACCAAACCCAAGAUAUAAUUAUGACCAAAUUAGAUAAGAGGAGAAAAGGGGUUUAUGGUCCGCCUCUGGGCAAGAAGUGUGUGGUGUUUGUGGAUGAUGUAAGCAUGCCGAUGAAAGAAACAUAUGGAGCACAGCCACCUAUAGAAUUGCUGAGGCAGUGGCUAGACCACCGCAUCUGGUAUGACCGCAAGGACAAUGUGGCCAUGAAACUCAUCGACAUACAGUUGGUCUGUGGCAUGGGACCUCCCAGCACAGGGAACACUGUUACGCCUCGGUUUAGCCGCCAUUUCAACAUUACUGUUAUAAACGAGUUUGAAGAUGAGACAAUGGUGACGAUAUUUGGCAAAAUAAUGUUGUGGCACUUAGACACUAGAGGGUUCAGCAAAGAGUUUGAUCCUUGCAUAGAUCAACUGGUCUCCGCUACACUAUACAUUUACAAGCAGAGUUUGGCGAAUCUCCUGCCUACCCCUGCCAAGUCCCAUUAUUUGUUCAACCUCAGGGAUUUUUCACGUGUAAUUCAGGGUGUUCUGCUGUCAGUUCCAGAAGCUAUGGAAGACUUGGUAGCAAUGAAGAGACUGUGGGUGCACGAGGUGUUAAGGGUCUACUAUGACAGGCUGGUGGAUGACACGGAUCGUGACUGGAUAUUCAAUACAUUGCAUGUAGUUGUUCAGAAAUAUCUUGAAGAAGAUUUAAACCAAAUGUUUGCCCACCUUGUAAAGGAUAAGCCAGUUGGCAGCCGUGUUGGAGAAACAGAGUUGCGUCGUCUCCUCUACUGUGACUUUGCUAACCCCAAAGCUGACACCAGAAACUAUAUUGAAGUAACUGAUUUGGAUGCCCUACGCGUCAUUGUGGAAGGUUACUUAAACGAAUACAACAACAUGAGCAAAAAGCCAAUGAAUUUGGUUCUGUUCAGGUUUGCAAUAGAACACCUGUCCAGAAUUUGCCGUAUUCUGAAACAGCCUCGCAGCCAUGCCUUACUGGUCGGGGUGGGAGGCAGCGGCAGACAAUCUCUCACACGAUUGGCUGCACACAUCUGCGAGUAUGAUAUCGUCCAAGUGGAGAUCAGUAAACUGUACGGCAUGUACGAGUGGCACGAAGACCUGAAAACAACUUUACUACGAGCUUGUGCCAGUGAUCAACACGUUGUGUUUCUUUUCACUGAUACUCAGAUCAAAGAGGAGGCUUUUGUGGAAGACAUAAGCAACAUGCUUAACUCAGGAGAGGUGCCAAACCUGUUUGGUACUGAUGAGAAGGCUGACAUUUGUGAGAAGAUGAGGGUUAUUGAUCGCCAGAAAGAUAAAUCUCAACAGACAGAUGGAAGCCCUGUAGCUCUCUUCAACUUGUUUGUACAAAUCGUGAAGGACCAGCUGCACGUGGUUCUUGCAUUCAGCCCUAUCGGUGAUGGGUUCAGGAACAGAAUCCGGAAGUUCCCUGCUUUGGUCAAUUGCUGCACCAUAAAUUGGUUCCAGGCAUGGCCGCCAGACGCACUGCUGGCUGUGGCAACCAAGUUCCUUGGGGAAAUUGAUCUGCCAGAGAAUGAACGAACAGCUUGCAUCGAGAUGUGCCAAGAGUUCCACACUUCCACCCACAACAUGGCAGUAGAGUACUUCCUGAGGCUACAGAGGCACACGUAUGUCACACCCACAUCAUACUUGGAGCUGAUCAACACUUUCAAAGAUUUGCUUUCCAAGAAACGAGAGGAGUUGAUGACAGGAAAGCGCAGAUACGAGGUGGGGGUGGAGAAGUUGGUGUAUGCAGCAGGUGAGGUCAGUGUGAUGCAGGAUGAGCUGAUACAGCUACAGCCAGCACUUCAGCAGGCAGCAGCAGAUGUCAAGGAGAUAAUGACCAAGGUGGAGUCAGAAUCAGAGGAUGUGGCCAAGGUAGAGGAGGUAGUAAAAGCUGACGAAGCAGUAGCCAACGAACAAGCAGAGGCAGCUAAUGCGAUUCGGACAGAGUGUGACGCACGUCUGGCCGAAGCCAUGCCCAUCCUACAGGCUGCACUAGCUGCUCUAGAUACUCUCACUCCAGCUGACAUCACUGUCGUCAAGUCCAUGAAGAGUCCACCCAAGGGAGUCCGCCUUGUCAUGGAAGCUGUCUGCAUCCUCAAGGAUGUAAAACCAGACAGAAUACCAGAUCCUGGUGGCAGUGGCAAGAUGGUGGAAGAUUUCUGGGGGCCGUCAAAACGAGUGCUUGGUGAUAUCAAGUUCUUAGACAGUCUUAUCAAUUUUGAUAAGGAUAACAUCCCCCCAAGAAUCAUGAAAGUGAUUAAUGAACGCUUUCUUAACAAUGAAGAUUUUGAUCCUGUAAAAAUCAAAACUGCAUCUACUGCAGCUGAAGGUCUGUGCAAAUGGAUAAAAGCCAUAUCCGAGUAUGACGUCCAAGCGAAAAUAAUCGCACCUAAGAGAGCCGCAUUGGCAGUGGCCGAAGGCGAUUACAACAAGGCCAUGGCAGCUCUGGAGAUCAAGAGGGCACAGCUGCGGGAGGUUCAGAAGAAGCUGGCAGACCUGGAAAAAGUUUUGGAACAGAACAAGGCAAGAUUCAAGGAUCUUCAAGAUGAUGUAGAUCUCUGUACCAAGAAGCUGCAGAGGGCUGAGGAACUGAUCGGUGGUCUUGGAGGUGAAAAGGAUCGUUGGACUGCAACCGCUAAACAACUUGGAGAGCGUUAUCAUCUUCUCACAGGAGAAAUCUUGGUGGCAUCUGGAGCUGUUGCGUACUUGGGGCCAUUCACUCUACAGUUCCGAAUAGACCAGAUAAAGAAGUGGGUAGACCAUGUGAACAGUUUCAACAUUUACUGCCCACGGGACUUCAGCUUGAUGGCUAUCCUGGGCCAACCGGUUGAGAUCAGAGCUUGGAACAUCUUUGGAUUACCCACAGACUCGUUCUCUAUAGACAAUGGCAUCAUUGUUAAAAAUGCCAGACGUUGGCCCCUGAUGAUCGACCCUCAAAGCCAAGCGAAUAAAUGGAUAAAAAAUAUGGAGAAAGCAAAUAAUUUAAGUGUCAUCAGAAUGAGUGGCUCUGACUAUGUUCGAGUUCUUGAAAAUGCCAUUCAGUUUGGCCAACCUGUUCUGUUAGAAAACAUUGGUGAAGAGUUGGAUGCAUUACUGGAGCCUCUUUUGAUGAAACAGACAUUCAAGCAAGGGGGUGCCAUCUGCAUCAAACUGGGUGACUCGGUCGUAGAGUAUUCACCUUUAUUUAGAUUCUACUUGACUACGAAGUUGAGGAAUCCGCACUACUUGCCCGAAGUGGCGGUGAAGGUUACACUGCUCAACUUUAUGAUCACACCGAUUGGGCUUGAAGACCAGCUGCUAGGAAUUGUAGUGGCCAAGGACAGGCCGGAUUUGGAGGCAGAGAAAAACCAGUUGAUUGUCCAGGGUGCAGAAAAUAAGAGAAUGUUGAAAGAAAUAGAAGAUAAAAUAUUGGAAGUCCUUUCAACCUCAGAAGGUAACAUUCUAGAAGAUGAGGAGGGGGUGAAUGUUCUGAGCUCCUCAAAAGUCCUGGCAAAUGAAAUCUCUGAGAAACAGGCAGUUGCUGAAGUCACUGAAAAGUCGAUAGAUGCAGCUCGACAGGAAUACCAGCCCAUAGCAAAUCACUCUACAGUGUUAUUUUUUAGCAUAGCAAAUUUGGCAAACAUUGAUCCGAUGUACCAAUAUUCUCUGGUCUGGUUUGUUAAUCUCUACAAAACUGCUAUUGACAACACAGAGAAAUCUGAAAAUGUGGAAGAGAGAAUUGAAGAGCUAUCAAAAUAUUUUACCUAUUCAUUGUACGUCAACAUAUGCCGCAGUCUUUUUGAAAAGGAUAAACUGCUGUUCUCUCUCAUCCUGUCAGUAAACUUGAUGUUCAAUACCAACAACAUGGACCAUGCAGAAUGGAUGUUCUUGCUGACUGGUGGAGUGGGUCUAGACAAUCCUCAUCCCAACCCAGCCUCCUGGCUCCCCCAGAAUUCUUGGGACGAGCUUUGCAGAUGUGAUGACCUGCCAAUGUUCCAAGGAAUCCGUGAACAUUUUGAAUCCAACAUAAAAGAAUGGAAAAAGUUUUUUGACAGCAUGGAACCCCAUAAGAACCCAUACCCAGAGCCUUGGGAGAAGAAACUUAACAGUUUCCAGAAGAUAGUACUUUUAAGAUGCAUCCGUUUUGAUAAGGUUGUGCCUGCCAUACAAGAUGAAGUUGAAGCUCAUUUGGGUCAGAGAUUUGUUGAGCCGCCUCCGUUUGAUUUGCCGGCUUCUUUUGCGGACUCCCAUUGCUGCAUUCCACUCAUCUUUGUCCUCACCCCCGGAGCUGACCCUACAGCUUUACUCCUCAAAUUUGCUGAGGAUAUGGGAUUUGGAGGGUCACGCCUGAACUCCCUGUCCUUAGGUCAAGGUCAAGGUCCAAUAGCAGUUCGGAUGAUUGAUGAGGGAGUCAAGAAUGGCACCUGGGUGGUGCUUCAGAACUGCCAUCUCGCCAAGAGCUGGAUGCCUACUCUAGAAAAACUGUGUGAGAACUUCAGUCCGGACAGCACUCACCCAGACUUCCGGCUCUGGCUCACAUCUUACCCGGCCGAGCACUUCCCUGUCUCAGUGCUGCAGAAUGGAGUCAAAAUGACAAAUGAACCUCCUAAAGGAAUGAGAGCCAAUGUUUUAAGGUCCUUUACUAGUGACCCAAUUGGCAAUCCAGAGUUUUUUGAAGGCUGCAAGCAGAGUAUGUCUUUCAAGAAACUUGUUUUUGGUCUCUGUUUCUUCCAUGCUCUUGUCCAAGAACGGAGGAAGUUUGGACCUCUCGGCUGGAACAUUCCAUACGAGUUCAAUGAAACUGAUCUGCGAAUUAGUGUUCAACAACUCCACAUAUUUCUCAACCAAUAUGAGGAUGUCCAGUACGAAGCCCUAAAUUAUCUGACCGGUGAAUGUAACUACGGAGGCAGAGUGACAGACGACUGGGACCGAAGGUGUCUCAUCACAGUCCUCCGCAAGUUCUACUGUCCUGCUUUGGUUACAGAGUCUGAUUACUUCUUCGAUCCCUCAAAACUGUACUAUGUACCUGAAGUCAAGGACCACGAAGCAUUUGUGAACUACAUCAAGACCUUUCCACUGAUCACCAACCCUUCGGUUUUUGGUAUGAACGACAAUGCUGACAUCAUGAAGGAUCAACAGGAGACCUUCGUUCUGUUCACAAACACUCUUCUAACUCAGGAUAGAGUGGAUUUGUGGGAAAUGAAAAAACUUAAGGAUGCUGCAUCUGGAGGAGGGUCCUCAAAGGAGGAGGCAGAAAACACAGUAUAUCAUGUGGCUGGAGACAUCCUGGACAAGCUGCCUGAAGACUUUGAUACCGUGUUGGCGCUGGAGAAAUACCCGACCUUGUACAGUCAGAGCAUGAACACGGUGCUGGUACAGGAGAUGGGACGGUUCAACAACCUGCUCCGGACUAUCCGCAACAGUCUGCGUAACUUGCGUAAAGCAAUCAAAGGUCAGAUUGUGAUGACUUUUGAGCUGGAAGAAGUGUUUACCAGUGUUCUGACAGGCCGAAUUCCUGGUGCUUGGGGCAAGAAGUCUUAUCCCUCACUCAAGCCUCUGGGAAGCUACAUCAGUGACUUUUUAGCCAGACUGGAAUUUCUGCAAAAAUGGUUUGAUCAUGGUGCACCUUCAAUAUUUUGGAUCUCAGGUUUCUUCUUCACUCAGGCAUUUUUGACUGGAGCACAACAGAACUAUGCCAGAAAGUAUCGCAUACCAAUUGAUCUACUAACUUUUGACUAUGAAGUGAUGAAGGAAGAGCGAUUGUCUAUAGCUCCUGUAGAUGGUGUUUUUGUCUAUGGCUUGUUCCUUGAUGGUGCCCGAUGGAAUAGAGAAAAACAUCAUCUCGACGAAUCUCUUCCAAAAGUCCUGUACGACGUUGUGCCUUACAUGUGGAUUAAACCUCUGAAGCGUGAGGAACUAUUGCGAAGUCGGUAUAUAUACCUCUGUCCACUGUACAAGACGGCAGAACGCAGGGGGAUUCUGUCGACCACCGGACACUCAACCAACUUUGUAGUGGCCAUGCUGCUAGCAACAAUCCAUCCCCAGGAGCAUUGGGUCAUGAGAGGAGUUGCCCUAUUGUGCCAACUAUCUCAAUAAAAUUAUUUUUCCAAAU